AUGCAGAAAAGGAAUGUUUAUGCAGUUCCGGAUCUUCCGGUUAAGGAAAUAAUGCAGUACUUCAGCGAGAUGGAGAUAAACAUCAAGGCAAGUGACAUCCUUAAGCCAACGCCCCAAUCAACCCAAAGAAUCUACGAGGUAUUGCUAGAGGUGUAUUGCGGAGUUAAAACAUCUGAUCUGUUGCCUAGAAUAAACUCCGGGGAGAGCAUUGAGGCGUUUGAGGAGUCCCUGUCGUGCAUUCUUCUCCAGAAACGAAUGUCUGGCUUCCUUAAGAGGAUAGGGAUCGAUAAUUUUGGGCUUAGAGACCUUGUGCCCGACUCGAGAAGGCUUAUUGGGAUCCUGAGUGUUGUAGUGAAUUUUUCGAUGUUCAGGGACAACAAAAGGCAUGUAUAUGAGAGAGUGUGUCAGAUGAACGACGAAAAGCUGCUAUUGAAGAACGAGAUUGACGAAAAGGUCCACAAUGCCAAGAAGGAGCUGGAGAGAUGCGAAAGAGAUGCAAGGAAGAGCAUUGAAGAGGCAAAGGGGGUUGAAGAAGAGAUUUCCUUGCUCGAGUCUGAGCUGAAGGACUUCUACAGGCAUCAGAGGGCCCUGGUGCAGGAGACAGAAAGAAGCAAGACUGAAAGGAACGAGUACAGUGACAAAUUAAGCUCUUUGAAGCUAAUGGUGCUCAAUCUCAACCAAGAGAUAACGUGUCUGAAGACGCAGAUUGUGAGUGAUCCAACGAAGCUUAUGGAGCUACUUGACGAGAUGAGAUGCCUGAUUGCCAAGGAAAGUGAGAUAAUGAAGGGGCUGGAGGUAAAGAGAGUAGGGCUUAAAGAGAAGAUUGAGUUUAUGCAGGUGCUCAAGGAAGACACGAUGAAGGCGAUUACGCUAGCCAUUUCGAACAGAGAGGCCGACAAGACGAUUGACAAAACGAACAGAGAGAUAUCUGAGCUAGAGGUCCAGAUGAAAAAUCUUGACUCUGGAAUCAAUGCCUUGAAGAUCCGGCUGAACCAUGUGAGCAGACAGAUUUCUCAUAUUGAGUCCAAGAUAUUUAAUCUCCAGGACAACGACAAGAGAUGCUCGGAGGAGAUAUCGGCGAAACUCGAGAAGCUCAAGAGCAACUACGGAGUUGUUUCUGACGAAAGAAACUCCAUUCGAGGGAAAAUAGAAGAGAACGUAAGGCUGACCAAAAGCAUUGAAUACGAGCUUGUGAAGAGAAGAAAUGAGCAUGCUAACGAUAUAACGGCGAUUCAGUCGGCCUUGUGCAGGCUUAAGGACGACGUCUUCAACUACUUCGCAGAAGCUAAGGGAAUAAUCGACAAGACCAUGUCUGAUUGA